AACACAGCAAAUCUUCGCGCGUGUCAUCUUUCCCUAGCGGCGAGCAAAAUUCAACUCCUUUUCCAUUUUCAUUCGUGUUCGGCGGUGGGCUGCUGCGUGACAGUGCCCUACGUGUGUGACACAAAAUCCUAUUUUUCUACACUAUUCAAUCGAAUUUAGUAACCUGCAUCGUUUGCCAAUCGCCAUUAGUGAACAAUUGCAACAUAAAGUGAGAAAAAGUGAAAAAUUUUGCCAGUUCGACAACGUACCGAUAGGCGAAAGAGAAAGUAAUGGCUGGAAAAACGAACGAAGAAGUUGAGAAGCAAGAAGAAAGUACCGAGCAGAACCAUGCCGAUCAAAAUGCCGUUGUAGAUCCGGAGUGUUUGAUCAAACAUCCGCUACAGUUCACCUGGACUCUCUGGUAUCUGGAACCGGACCGUACGAAAACAUGGGAGGAAACACUGAAUGAAGUGACCAGUUUUUCAACAGUAGAGGACUUCUGGAGUUUGUACAAUCACAUCAAAGGCCCGACCGACAUCAAGGUGGGCAGCGAUUACUGCCUAUUUAAGGCCGGCAUCCGUCCGAUGUGGGAAGACGAGAGCAACAAGCGGGGCGGUCGGUGGAUGGUCAAUGUGCCGCGACAACAACGCCAGGAGCUGGACAAAUAUUGGCUUGAUACGAUUCUGUGUUUAAUCGGGGAAGCAUUCGAAAAUCCGGAAGAAAUUUGCGGAGCAGUUAUCAAUGUACGACAAAAAGCAGAUAAAAUUGCGAUCUGGACGGCCAACUACGGCAAUCGCGAAGCAAUUUUGUCCAUUGGACGCAUCUACAAGGAACGAUUAGGAAUGAAACAUCCGAUCAUGUACCAUCUACACAAGGACACGAUGAUUAAAUCCGGUUCAAGUGUCAAAGCAGUUUACACAAUGUAGAUCAGGGCCGCCACCGGUUGGUGUUCUCCAGUAAUCGUUGAUUUUACUAUAUUAUUUUGCUCUACCCUCAAACCCCUGCCACCAGCAAAUUGUAUCACGAAAACUCGCCUGCAAGCUUGGGCUGUUCUUCUCCUCUUGCUAAUGAAAAAAACAACUUAUCGGUUCUUAAUAGGAUUUCCGAGUUGAACUCCUAACAAAAACACACGUAUUUAUAUUCAAUUCUAACGUUAAAUAAAUGAAUUUAUUCGAUACGCAUUAACAAAUCAGUAGAGCCUUGGUGGGUGGGGUUUCGUGGAAAAACCUACCAUCAGGGACGACGAUUAGGGCUUGUGGGAAAAAAGAAUUUCGAAAACGACGAAAAAAAAACAAAACCGCUUUAGUUAUGUGAGAGACUACUUUCACUUUUGUUUAAUGGAUUUGUUAGAAUCGAGGAAAUAACGACCACACGCAUAUUUGGGUUGUAAAACAACGCAACAGACCAAGCAGCUGGGUCUUGUGCUUAUUUCCUUUCAUAGAAUAGAGAAACCAUUUGUUACUGCAUCAAGCAGCAAUAUAUUGAAUUCAACCAGAAACAGUUUAAAAUUAUUGAUUAUUAAUUAUAAUGGAUUAUCAACUAAUAAUUUACAAUAAUGAUAGUUAUCUAUGGCUUAUUUUUUUAUUAUAAACGAAAGUGAAUGAUUGUGUGAAAGCACUCAUUAUACUUGCUUUUCUAGAA